UCGACAGCCCGUACACCAACAACAAUACCGUUUCAUGCGUGUACUCCGCGGCUUCCCCGCGGCUCAGCACAACGAAUGAGAGAGGCGAUCUUGGUUUAUUUUCGUUCUUUAUCUUUGCUGCAGGUUGGCUGGACGAAUCAGGUCCUGGAGGUGACGAAAUCUCGACAGUCCAUGAACUUUAGAGGAUUGAAUACGAGGAUUUAUGGCCGUUACACUUGCACAAAGAAUCCCAAUGCUGUUGGCAAAGAUAUCAUGACCAUAUCAAGUGCAGUAAUCUUCCAGAAUAUCUUGUGA